AGGAGAGGCCCGGGCCUUUGUUGCUUUGCGCCAAAUCCGCAGCACGUUCGCAUUGAGCGGCGCAGAGACGCGCUCAGUCGGCUGAGCCUAACUGUAUGUGACAGCUUGAAGUUGCGUGUGAGCAGGUGUUUUCUCCAUCCCUUCUUCCGUCCAGCCAUCCAUCCCUCUGCUCUGCGGAGACAGGCUGUUGAACAAGUUCAUCUCACCCAGGCGGCAGCUCUGAGCAGCCGGUCUGUGGCUCAGAUGCUCAUCUAUUCUCCACCGGCUGCUCAGCGCACUCAGCAUGUUCACAUGGCUCAGAGGACACCGCCUCACCUUAUCUAGGUGAACACUUGCCAUGUACAGUCACUACACACAGGUCUCCAGCUCCUUGCAGCUGAUAAAUCCCUGCUGAUGAAACUGCGGAAAAACACCGGCUACACUUUCAUUAACUGCAAGAAAGCCCUGGAGAAGUUUGAUAAUGACAUGGCACAGGCAGAGACCUGGCUGAAUGAGCAGGCGCAGAAGGAGGGCUGGAACAAAGCAAACAAGCUGGAGGGUCGCAAAGCCAAAGAGGGGCUGAUUGGCCUGUUCAUGGGAGAUAAAGCUGCAGUUAUGGUGGAGGUUAACUGUGAGACAGACUUCGUUGCCCGCAAUGAGAAGUUCCAGCAGCUGGUUAAGGAGGUGGCGCAUGCAACCUUGGCUCACCACUGGAAUAAAACACAAAGCCAGGGCGGAUAUGUGAAGAGUGUCCUGGUAGGCGAUGAGUUAAACAAACUCAGCUUGGAGGCAGGAGCUUCACUUUCUGACAGGGUGGCUCUCACAAUAGGUCGCCUCGGUGAGAACCUGUCAGUGCGGCGGGCGGUGGCGGUGGGUGUCCCGGCUGAGUGGAACAUCGGCUCGUACGUUCACGGUGGUGUGAGCGGCCAGACCGAGGUGGCCAUGGGUCGGUACGGCGCCCUGGUCGUGUUUCAGGGAGGAGAGGAGGGAGCCCAGGAAGUUCUGGGGCGUAAACUGGGACAGCACAUAGUGGGAGAGUCCCCGGUGUCCCUGGGCAACAUGGAUGACCUCCCCUGUGGGGAAAGUGAGACCCGCCUGCUGCCUCAGACCUUCCUGGGAGACCCCAGCAGGACCGUGGCUCAGUUCCUCAAAGGUCAACAGGCUCGAGUGCUGGACUUUGUCCGAUUUCAGUGUGGCGAGACAGCCAGUGAAGAAGCCAAAUGAAGGAUGAGAAUUUAUCUAAAAGGAUUUGUCAUGUGUCUUAAUUAAACAUGAAAAUGAGAUGCCCAUUUAUCCAACAGUCACACAGUGUCCGUGUGAAUUACAAAGAUAUACAUAUAUACAGGUCAACCAACAAAUUACCAAUCUAACAAUAAAAUGUGUUUGCUUUUCUUGGAAAUCUUUGUCCAAAUGAAUUUGUUUUGAAUUGUAAGACUUGUUUUUAAUCAUGGGUCAACCUGCUGACAUAAUUUACAUAUUCUUAUGUUUUCUUAGUUCCUUCUAUCCUUGUGUGUAUUUAUAUGUUGUUGAAUUCAAGAAAAUUAAUCAAUUUGACCUCUGAGAUGAAGUGGAGUGAAAUUAUAAAGUAGCACAAGUAAAUGCAAGUAAAGUACAUUACCAAAAGAGUUGUACUUAGCACAAAACUUGUAGUAUUUAAUAAACAUUGCAUUUGCUUGAAGCUAAAACUAAAUAUACUAUUUCUAAGAUUACUUUUAUUAAACGGUGUGCCAAUUGAUGUAUUUUUUUAUAAUGAACCAUUUUUUAAUCACAGACAUGGAAUCCUUCUGUCAAUGGUAGAAUAAUAAGGUUGUAGUAAAAUAUGAUCGAUAUUGUAUAAAAUAAACACAUGAAAAUGCUUUAAAUCAUAAUAAACUUAAACACAACAUAAUUGUAAAAAGGGAUGGUGGGGCAUUUUGUUGCUGCACUCCAGCAAAAAUGCGAACUAUGCAACUG